UUAUUGUUUUGCAGUCUAUCGCUCUUUGAUAUUUAUAUGGCAUUGAAUUUAAAACCUAAUCUCAAUUCCCAGCGUGGAAGAGCAACCCAAUAUAGAAGUAGCAAUCCUGUAGGAGAACAAGAGCGGGCAAAUCCCUACUAUUUCAUUUUUUUCAACCACCGCCUGCCCUCCCAAAUUACCGCCGGAUAAGUAAAUUUACAUCGCCGUUGAAUUGAGGGAUAGAUACACGAAUCAGAAUCUGUUUCUUGGGAUAUUUACCGCAAUUGAAUUUGCAAUACAGAAAAUGAGGGAUAGAUAUUUCACAAUUUUGUAUCCACUUCUCGACGGAUAACCUUCGAAAAAUUAAUCGGAUGUGCAGAUAUCGCGCUUCAGAUUUCCUAUUUUCGUUCAACAAUUGGAUGUAUCAGUAAAAUAAUAAAUAUAUAGAGAGGUGGGAAUUAAAGCCAACGAGCGAGUGAAAUCGAAAUAAAGAAAUGUCCUUCCAAGAAGAAGAAAUGGACUAUGCUGCUGGCGAUUAUGAGAUGGGAGAAGUAGAUGAGAAUAUGUAUUUCACUGGUCGUAUAAUGGGAGACACGGAGUCUGACGAGGAAGAUGAGGAUGAAUACGACCAUUUGGACAAUAAGAUUACGGAUACAUCUGCUGCUGAGGCUAGGAGAGGAAAGGAUAUUCAAGGAAUUCCAUGGGAAAGGCUAAGCAUUUCCAGGGAGAAGUAUAGGCAGACUAGACUAGAACGGUAUAAGAAUUAUGAAAAUAUACCCCAAUCUGGAGAGGGCUCAGAGAAGGAAUGCAAGCCAACUAGGAAAGGUGGAGUUUUUUAUGAGUUCUGGCAGAACACAAGAUCUGUGAAAUCAACUAUCUUGCAUUUUCAAUUGAGGAACUUGGUUUGCUCUACGUCGAAGCACGAUGUUUAUCUCAUGUCACAUUACUCUAUCAUUCACUGGUCUUCAUUAAGUUCCAAGAAGACAGAAGUUCUUAAUGUCUCUGGCCAUGUAGCACCGUGCGAGAAACACCCAGGAAGUUUACUGGAGGGAUUUACUCAGACGCAAGUUAGUACUCUGGCAGUGCGCGACAAUUUAUUGAUUGCUGGGGGAUUUCAAGGGGAGAUUAUUUGUAAGUAUCUGGACCGACCUGGGGUUACCUUUUGUACCAGGACAACUUAUGAUGACAAUGCAAUCACAAAUGCAAUUGAAAUCUAUGACAGUCCUAGUGGCGCUGUUCAUUUCAUGGCUACAAAUAAUGAUUGUGGAGUACGAGUCUUUGAUAUGGAGAGAUUUCAGCUUAUCAAGCACUUCUCUUAUCCUUGGCCUGUAAAUCACACCUCUCUGAGUCCAGAUGGCAAAGUGGUCGUUAUUGUUGGAGACAGCCCUGAUGGAAUGCUGGUGGAUUCUCAAACAGGGAAGACUGUCACGCACCUACGAGGACACUUGGAUUUCUCUUUUGCUUCUGCAUGGCAUCCAAAUGGUCACAUCUUUGCCACUGGAAACCAGGACAAGACUUGCCGUAUAUGGGAUAUUCGGAACGUUUCAAAGCCAGUUGAUGUACUAAAAGGAAAUCUAGGUGCUAUUCGAUCAAUCCGUUUCACAUCUGAUGGGCAAUUCAUGGCGAUGGCUGAGCCAGCUGAUUUUGUUCAUGUCUACGAUGUGAAGAAUGGUUUUGAGAAAGAACAAGAGAUUGAUUUUUUUGGCGAGAUCUCUGGACUUUCUUUCAGUCCUGAUACAGAUUCCCUCUUUAUCGGAGUGUGGGAUCGCACUUAUGGUAGCCUUUUUCAGUACAACCGAUGCAGGAACUACUCAUAUCUAGACAGUCUAAUGUGAAUAUCAUUUGAUUUGUUUGCUUACAUUGUUGGAGCAAAACUUUCUCAUAGAAUGACACUGGUGAAAUAUCUCGUGUCACAUUCUCAAGAAAGGAGCCUGAAGGGUGGCUCACUUACAGAAUAAGACUGUUGUCUCCUCAAUUAAUGCCUACUGGUGUUGCAUAAUGAAGCUUGGAUUGCAUCUUGGUACAGCCACUAAUGAAAUUUUCAUCUCAGCCCAAGGCAAACUUCGUUCAUGGAAAUGUCACUUCAUUGGCAAUUGAUGUGUGUGUCGAAAUUUCUACUGUGUCGUUAAAUUUCUGGAAUUGAUUGGGAAUUGACUGCUUGCUACUAAUGUAAUACUCAAAUGAAAAAUCUUUUAGUUUGGUAUGAAACUACACAUUUGAUGAUUUUGCAAAGUUGGAGAAAUUAUAUGAAAGAUGCUUGAAAGUUGUUAA